AUGUCCACCUGCUUGCAAUUCCAGGAUGCCAUCCGCACGCUGAACACCCUCCAGACCAACGCCAGCUACCUGGAGCAGGUGAAGAAAGAAAGGGGAGACCCCCAGCUGCAGUUGCAAGCCAUGGCUGGGUUCCUGGAACGUACCGGUCUGAAGGUCGAAGACCUGAAUCAACUCAACGUCAUUCAUGUGACUGGGACAAAGGGCAAGGGUUCUGCCUGCGCCUUCACGGAGCGGAUUCUGCGCAACUACAAUUUAAAGACCGGUUUUUACAGGGCCCCAAACCUCUUGGGCCACGAGACCAUGAGCGGUUUUGUAUCUUCUUCCCAGGUUGACUUGGCGGUUAUAGAAGUUGGCAUUGGGGGCGCCUACGAUUGCACAAAUAUUGUCAGGAAGCCAAUAGUAUGUGGGGUCUCCUCCUUGGGCAUUGACCACACCAGCAUCUUGGGAGACACCAUCGAGAAGAUCGCCUGGCAGAAAGGAGGCAUCUUCAAGCCCGGUGUGCCAGCAUUCACGGUGCCGCAGCCGGAAAGAUCCUUAGAAGUCCUGAAACAGAGAGCUGAAGAGUGCCAGUGCCCGCUUUUCCUCUGCCCUGACCUGGAAGCCUUUGAAGACGACGACAAGCUCCUCAAACUAGGUUUGGCUGGUGAUCAUCAGCGCUCGAAUGCUGCUUUAGCCCUCCAGCUGUCCCGCACGUGGCUGGGCCGUUGUGGGUAUCUGGAUGCUGGUGAGCUGAAGGACUCGUGGCUGACCUCUGAAGCUCCAUCCAAGAAGGUGCCCUGCUUGGCCCCGGCUUUUAAGCCAGACCAGCCCAUGGUGCAAGGCCUGCAAACAGCCGUGUGGCUCGGACGUAACCAGGUGCUGCACCACGGCCCAGUGACGUGGUACAUUGAUGGGGCCCACACCACCAGCAGCGUGCAGGCCUGCGUCCGGUGGUUUCGCCAGGCGGCCUUGAAUGAAGACAAACCUACAGACGGUUCCGAAGUCCGAGUGUUGCUGUUCAACGUGACCGGAGACCGGGAUACGGCUGCUUUGCUGAAACUGUUGCUGCCCUGCCAUUUUGAUUACGCCGUUUUCUGCCCCAACUACACCGAGGUGUCGACGGUGGGGAGCGCAGACCAGCAGAACUUCAACGUCACCUUGGAGAACGUCCUGACCCGCUGCCUGCAGAAUCAGAACCACUGGAAUCGUCUGAUGGAGGCCAAGUUGACGCAGGACCCGUGGUUCCCCGUCUUGCCCGAGGUGGGGGGCUGGCUGAAGCAGCCCCCGCUUCACAGCCCGCCUCUCUUCGCCGCCUCCUCGGCUCGUCCGCUCAAUUCCAACUCCUUAGUCUUCCCUUGCAUCUCGCACGCCUUGCAGUGGGUCACGCAAGGCAGGGACCCACACUUGCCGGCGCUGGCGCCCCAGGGACUCCACCCGCACCCCGUGGCCAGCAGCGGGGCCGUUCUGCUCAAGGAAGCCGUGGCCAUCCGCGUCCUCGUGACGGGCAGCCUGCAUUUGGUGGGGGGCGUCUUGAAGCUGCUGGACCCCAGCCUUUCUCAGUAG